AUGUCGACCAGCGAGGUUGGCGGUAAGCUGGACUACUCGCCGGUGUCGUGGCGGGAGUAUUUUGACCAGAUGGAGGACGUGAGUGUGGGGCCGGCCGACAGCAGGGACGUCUUCAGGAUUUAUAAAGCGGGAAGCGACGGACCUCUGCUGGUUCUGCUGCACGGAGGAGGACACUCGGCUCUGUCCUGGGCCGUGUUCACCACGGCCAUCGCCAGCAGAGUGACCUGCAGGGUACUGGCCAUGGACCUCAGGGGUCACGGUGCCUCCGUGGUGCACCAAUCAGACGACUUCACAACACAAACUAUGUCCAGCGAUGUAGCCAACGUGAUACGAGCCUGCUACAGCGAGACUCCUCCCCCUAUCGUCCUGAUUGGUCACGGUGUUGGGGGGGCGAUUGCGGUGCACACAGCCAGCAACAUGCUGAUACCAUGCACUGUGGGUCUGGUGGCCAUCGACGUCGUGGAAGGCAGUGCGAUGGAAGCACUCCACAGCAUACAGAACUUCCUGAAAGGAAGACCCAAGUCCUUCAAGUCCAUGGACCAUGCUAUCGAGUGGAGCGUGAAGAGCGGACAAAUCAGGAACCUGGAAUCUGCCCGAGUCUCGAUGGCUGGUCAGAUCAAAAGAUGUGAGGUGGAGGCGGCCGACACCGCGGAGCAGGCCAGCCCGGUGACCGACGUGGUCGUCCAGCGCAACGAAGAGUUCUACGAUCAAAGCUACGUAAAUGACAAAGAACACACUGCGUCAGAGGUGAGCCUCGGCGGAGACCAGAGUGAGUACAGGUGGCGUAUAGAUCUGUCGAAGUCAGAGAAGUAUUGGGACGGCUGGUUUAGAGGAACCUCGAACCUCUUCCUGACCUGCAACCUGCCCAAACUCCUGUUAUUGGCGGGAAUCGACCGACUGGACAGAGAUCUGACUAUCGGCCAGAUGCAGGGUAAAUUCAUGAUGCAGGUGCUGCCCCCCUGUGGCCACGCAGUGCAAGAAGACAAACCAGACAAAGUGGCGAAGGCCGUGGCCGCUUUCCUGUUGAGACACAAGUUUGCUGAAGCCAGAAGAGAAACCAGGAGGUAA